UUUCAAAAACACAAACAAAUCUCAAAACAAACACAACCAAUUUCCCAUUUCCAUUUCCACAGAAAAAUGUCUGGCUGCAGUAAAAUCCGCCACAUAGUAAGACUUCGCCAGAUGCUCCGCCGCUGGCGCAAGAAGGCGGCGAUGGCAGCUCGCCCCGCCCCUUCCGACGUCCCGGCUGGCCACGUGGCAGUCACGGUGGGCUCCAGCCGCAAGCGGUUCGUUGUCCGGACCGCCUACUUAAACCACCCGGUUUUCAAGAAGCUACUGGCUCAGGCCGAGGAAGAAUUCGGGUUUUCCAACUCCGGUCCGCUCGCCAUUCCAUGCGAAGAAUCGCUCUUUGAAGAGAUUCUCCGCUACUUGGCCCGGACAGAGUCGGCCAAGACCAGCUCGGUCCGGUUCAUGAGCUUCGAGGAUUUCCAGCGCAACUGCCACGUCGGACUCCAAAGCAACCUUAAAAUCUUGGCCGAAUCCCGGCCGCUUUUGGAUGGCUUUUGCGACAAGGCCAUUUGGUGAUCAAUUUCGGAGAAAUACAGCGUUAGAUACUGCAUUUGGUGGAAAAUCAUCGAAUAUAGCCUAGAUUACACGGGGGAUUCUUAUAAAUUGUUUGUUUUGUAACUUUUCUUUUUUUGUUACUUGGGAAAUACGUCGGAGAAUGUGCAAUGGAGAUGGCAGAGAUGGUGGCGAGUAGCCACCGAGUCGUCCCGGGUCCGGAUCCGGAGCGAUAUAACACACUAAUGCGGGUUGGGGGUGAAGGUUGCACGUGAGAAAUUAAGGGUUGAUCUGGAAAUUGUAAAUGAAUAUAAUUGAUUGAAAGGAAAUAUACAAUGUUUUAUUGUUCCAUAA